AGAAAAGCUCCAUUCAAUAAUAAUACUUUUCCAGUACAUGAUUCUUCUUCCAAUUCCACAAACUAAAGAAUAAAUUACCAUCUUACAGAGAACCUCUAAGGCUUGUUGAUCAAUUUCCACAAAAACAGAGAGAAAAAGAAAAAGAAACCAUGGCAGAGUUAGUUGGUGGAGCAUUUCUUUCAUCAUUUUUUCAAGUGGCUCUUGAGAAAUUGUCUUCCAAUGAUUUCAUUGACUAUUUCCGUAGAAGCAAACUUGAUGUCAAUCUGCUAGAGAAACUUCUAAUAACACUCAAUUCUAUCAACCAUGUGUUGGAAGAAGCUGAGAUGAAGCAGUACCAAAGCAUGUACGUGAAGAAGUGGCUUGAUGAUCUUAAACAUUAUGCAUAUGAGGUUGACCAGCUGUUAGAUGAGAUUGCAACUGAUACACCAUUGAAGAAGCAGAAACUUGAAUCUCAACCUUCUACUAGCAAGGUAUUCGACUUCAUUUCGUCUUUCACUAAUCCAUUUGAGUCUAGGAUCAAAGAAUUGCUAGAGAAGCUAGAAUUUCUUGCAAAACAAAAGCAUAUGCUUGGAUUAAAACAAGACGCUUGUGCUAGUAGUGAAGGUGGAGUUAGUUGGAAACCCUUAGAUAGAUUGCCAACUACAUCUUUGGUGGAUGAAUCCAGCAUAUAUGGUAGAGAUGGUGACAAGGAGGAGUUAAUCAAUUUUUUACUGUCUGACAUAGACAAGGGCAACCAUGUACCAAUAAUCAGCAUAGUGGGUCUCGGUGGAAUGGGUAAGACCACCCUUGCUCAACUCGUGUACAAUGACCAAAGGAUCAAGGAGAAUUUUAAACAUAAAGCCUGGGUCUAUGUUUCGGAAAUUUUUGAUGGUCUCGGACUUACUAAAGCAAUUCUGAGGUCAUUUGACUUUUCAGCAGAUGGUGAAGACUUGAAUCUACUCCAACAUCAGUUGCAGCAGGGACUAACAGGCAAGAAAUACUUGCUUUUUCUGGAUGAUGUCUGGAAUGGGAGUGAAGAAUGUUGGGAGCGCUUAUUACUUCCCUUAUUCCAUGGAUCUGCUGGAAGUAAAAUUAUUGUGACAACACGUAACAUGAAGGUAGCAACUGUCAUGAACUCCACCAAAAACCUUAAUUUAGAGAAACUGAAGGAGAGUGAAUGUUGGAGUAUGUUUGUGCGACAUGCUUUUCAUGGAAGCAAUGCAAGUGAAUACCCAAAUCUUGAAUCAAUUGGAAAGAAAAUAGUAGAUAAGUGUGGAGGGUUACCUUUAGCUGUAAAAACUUUGGGAAAUCUCUUGCGAAGAAAAUUCUCUCAACAUGAAUGGGUUAAGAUAUUGGAGACAGAUAUGUGGCGUUUAUCAGAAGGUGACAUUAACAUUAAUUCAGUACUGAGAUUGAGUUACCAUCAUCUCCCUUCCAAUCUGAAGCGCUGUUUUUCUUAUUGUUCCUUAUUUCCCAAAGGCAAGUGGUUUGACAAAGGUGAAUUAAUCAAACUUUGGAUGGCCGACGGUUUGCUGAAGUGCCGCGGAACAGAAAAAAGCGAAGAAGAGCUGGGUAAUCAAUUAUUAGAUGAUCUAGUGUCAAUUUCAUUUUUCCAGCAAUCAAGAUAUGGUGAUAAUAAGCGGUUCACAAUGCACGAUCUUAUCAAUGAUUUAGCACAAUCAAUGGCAGGAGAAUUUUGCUUGCGAAUAGAAGGUGAUAGGGUGGAAGAUUUCCCCGAAAGGACACGACACAUUUGGUGUUCUCCUGAAUUAAAAGAUGGUGAUAAAACGAUACAACAUGUUUAUAACAUUAAGGGAUUACGUAGUUUUACCAUGGAUAAAGACUUCGGUAUACAACUCUUCAAGACAUACGACAUAUUACAACAAGAUUUGUUUUCAAAGCUAAAAUGUUUGCGGAUGUUAUCAUUGAAACGUUGUAACCUUCAAAAGUUAGAUGAUGAGAUAAGCAAUUUAAAGCUUUUGCGUUAUCUAGACCUGUCUCUCACAAAGAUUAAAAGGUUGCCUGAUUCCAUUUGUAACCUGUAUAAUUUACAGACACUACUAUUGGCAUAUUGUUCAUUGACCGAGCUCCCUUCAGAUUUUUACAAACUUACAAACUUACGUCAUCUUGAUCUGGAAUGCACUCAUAUAAAGAAGAUGCCAAAAGAGAUAGGGAGGCUAACCCAUCUUCAGACGCUGACUAAAUUUGUUGUGGUAAAGGAGCAUGGGUCUGGUAUUAAGGAGUUGGCGGAACUUAACCAGCUUCAAGGGAAACUUUGUAUUUCAGGGUUGGAAAAUGUCAUUAAUCCUGUAGACGUUGUAGAAGCAACAUUAAAAGAUAAGAAGCAUUUGGAAGAAUUACAUAUCAUAUACAAUUCCCUUGGCAACAGAGAAAUCAAUAGGGAAAUGUCUGUCUUGGAGGCUCUUCAACCAAAUAGCAACCUUAAUAAGCUGACCAUCGAGCACUACCCAGGCACUAGUUUUCCAAAUUGGCUUGGGGGUUGUCAUUUGUCCAAUUUAUCAUCUCUCAAUCUGAGAGGAUGUAAAUUUUGUUCCAAGUUGCCACAAUUUGGCUUGUUUCCCCAUCUCAAGAUGCUUUCUAUUUCAAGCUGUCCUAGAGUGGAGAUCAUUAAUUCAUCAAAUAGUCCAUUCAGGUCUCUGAAAACAUUGCAUUUUUAUGACAUGUCUAGUUGGAAGGAAUGGUUAUGUGUUGAAAGUUUCCCUUUGCUUGAAGAGCUUUUUAUAGAAAGUUGUCACAAAUUGAAAAAAUAUCUACCUCAACACCUUCCUUCUUUGCAAAAAUUGGUGAUUAAUGAUUGCGAAGAGUUGAAGGCUUCAAUUCCCGAGGCUUCUAAUAUUGGUUUUCUACAUUUGAAGGGAUGUGAAAACAUUUUGAUAAAUGAUAUGCCAUCAAAAUUGACACGGGUCAUCCUAAAAGGAACUCAAGUCAUUGUGUCUUCCCUGGAGAAACUUCUAUUCAACAAUGCCUUUCUUGAAAAAUUGGAGGUUAGUGGCUUUGAUAGUGCAAAUCUAGAAUGGUCCUCUUUGGAUUUGCCUAGCUCUAAUUCUCUUCACACACUCUCUAUAAAUGGCUGGAACUCCACCUUUCUAUUUUCACUACACUUGUUCACCAAUCUUAAAACUUUAAAUUUGUAUGAUUGUCCACAACUGGAGUCAUUUCCUAGGGGAGGGUUGCCUUCCUCCCUGACCAGCCUUAGAAUAACCAAGUGCCCAAAACUAAUUGCUUCGAGAGGGGAGUGGGGUUUGUUCCAACUAAAUUCUCUGGAAAGUUUCAGUGUUAGUGAUGACCUUGAAAAUGUUGACUCCUUCCCGGAGGAGAAUCUACUGCCACCAACUCUUAACUCUUUUCAAUUGGAACGAUGUUCAAAGUUAAGAAUAAUAAACUACAAGGGUCUUCUCCACCUUAAAUCUCUCAGAUAUUUAUAUAUUCUACACUGCCCCAGUGUUGAACGCUUGCCAGAGGACGGUCUACCCAACUCACUUUAUCAGUUGUUGAGUCUUAACUGUCCAUUAAUUAAGGAGCAGUACCAAAAGGAGGAAGGAGAGCGUUGGCAUACGAUUUGUCAUAUCCCAGUUGUGGACAUAGUUGGCUGAUUAGCUGUUGAAAAUGGAAGGUGUUAAAAGAGGAAGUGUAGCAGAAAGUUGUGAUGCAAUUUAUGUAAGAAAGAAAAUAGAGAGAAUGAGAUGGGUGUUAGGGAAUGCCUGGACUGUGGUGGACAAGGCAUUAAGUAGGUUUAAGAAUGAUGACAGAUUAUACUGUGUAAUAAAUGUUCUAUCAUUAUGCUUUGGAAUCAUUGGCACUCUUUGAAUUCUAUGGAUUUACUUUUAGUUCUGCCAGAUCA